UUUAUAGCAACUAAUGUAACCACAUCAGAAUCAAAUUUUAUGUCGGGUGCUCUUUUGGCCCUGCAAGUAGGCCAAUGUGGAAACCAACUGGGUCAGGAACUGCUGAGUGGGGCCUACAAGGCAGCUGCCCAGUACGAAAACUCACUGACUAAACGGGAUAAUGAGAAUUACUUUUAUGAGACUUGCGAGACAUUCUUCCACGAGAAGAAAACAAGUAGUAGAGGUACUGAAGGUUACAGGCUGGAGGCCAACGCAGUCAUGAUUGACACUGAAGAGAAAGUUGUCGUUCCAAAUCUACAGCAGAAAAGUGCGUGGUCCUAUGAUCCAAACGCUGCUUUCUUCGGAAAGCGAGGUGCUGGCAACAACUGGGCGUUCGGCUACACACACUACGGGAAUGAAAUGAGUGAACAGAUUCUGAACAAGAUCAGAAAAGUGGUUGAAAAGAUGGACCACAGGCUGUCCUCGUUUAUCGUAGCAAUGAGUCUAGCUGGGGGAACUGGGUCUGGCUUGGGCACUAAGAUGACGGAGGCUGUGAGAGAUCACUACCCGCAGAGAUAUAUAUUCUCAGAGGUUGUGUGGCCGUACAAGAACGGAGAAAUAAUUCUACAGGACUACAACACUCUUCUUAGUCUCUCUAGUUUAACCCGAGUUUCGGACGGAAUUCUCAUUCACCAAAACGACGCGAUGCAAACUGUGUGCGAAAAACGCCUAGGAGAAACCAAAGUCACAUUCGAUUCAAUCAACAAGGUCAUCGCAACCCAAAUUCUCGGAUCCAUUUUGCCAUGUAUCAAAGAACAUGACUUUUCAAACAACGUGGGAGAGAUAGUUACAAAAUUGUGCUCUCCUACUCAUAAGUUACUUAGUGCAUAUCACGUACCACAAAUGUCCGAGAAGUUGAUAGAUUUUACGACACUAAAAUGGGAAACAUUAUCGAAAGAUUUGAAACAAAUGUAUCUGACAAACUCGAGCAUAGACGAGCAACUUGAUUGGUCAGUUACUCCUAGGAACACAAAUGUUAGGUCGAUAGCCAAUCACAUUGUCGCGAGAGGAUCUAAGCUUCAUCCAAUGGAAGAGCUAGAGUUUCUAAAGGAUGCCCAAAUAUAUCCAAAAUGGUUCCAGCCUUCCACAAGUAGAUUUUCAGGACCGAGUUCAAGUGCUGGCAAAGGAAUAUUCAGCGAGAAGCCUCUACCACCCUUCGAUAAGUCAAUGUUCCUUCUGUCGAAUAACCAGUCAAAUAUCAAACUCAUUGACCAACUGUUAAACAAAUGCUGGAAAAUGUACUCUGUUAAAGCAUAUCUACAUCAGUACUCAAACCAUGGAAUUGAGGAGGCUGACUUUUUAAACUGUUUCGUCAAUUUAGAAUCGUUAUUGAAAAAUUAUAAAAAGCUCAAUUGAAUUUUUUGCAGUUAA